GCGCUGUGAGGUAACCGAAGAGAAGAGCAGAGCUCGCGCUCGUCUAUGAACAAUUUGGGGACGAAAAAAGGGAUAAAUCACCCCUAACACCCUGGUGGGAAUCAUGGGGAGUGUGUUCCUGCCAGCGAACGCAGCCCACUCGUUACUGAGGCGGCUGCGGAGGGCCAACUUCCUUUUAGAGGAGAUAAAACUAGGCAACAUCCAGCGAGAGUGUCGUGAGGAGGUCUGCACCUAUGAGGAGGCCCGCGAAGCUUUUGAGAAUAAUGAGAAGACGAAGCGCUUUUGGGAGGAAUACGUUCGGGAAAGUAGUCCACCUGGAGGACUGAAUUCGGUGGUGGGCGGGGCUCAGUCUCUCUACGUGAUUGUGCCAUUGGUGCUGGUUGGGCUCAUCGUUGCUGUCAUCGCCAUCACCGCGUGGCGCUGCCACUCCCGAAAACGCUCGCAGAACAGCCCCGGCCUGGGACACUCUCAUCACAACCACGUCCUGUCAGUGGUCUCUAUGGACCAGUGGGGGAGGGAUUACCAUCACGGUGACCAGUCUGAACUCAGCAUCCACAGCAGCCCGGUCUUUCCGGGUUCUGAGGUCACAUCAGGGAGGGGAAGCGCAGGAGAUCCGCCGCCAUCUUACGAAGAGGCUGUGGGACAUACAGAUGUCCAAAUAGAGACGGAGCCUCCUCCCCAGUAUGAGGAUAUAAUGAACACCAGCUCUAGCAGAAUAAUCAGCGGUCAAAGGAAGUAAAUACAUUUUUUCACUACCAUCCAAACUAAGGUUCUAACUUACACUAAGACUGUCUUAUUGAUUAUCAGUGCUACUACUGUGGAAUCACCAGCCUUCCUCGUCCAACAUGCACAGCAGAAACACAGUAAUUGCCAUUUCAGUGGACUAAAGCGAUCUUUGCUGUUUCCAGCUCUGCUGAGAUUUGCACUAACCUUUUAUCACUAAAAUGAAGCAAAGGCAAGAAGGAUAAGGUGAUACCGGAAUACAUAAACCAACACCUCAGCUUCAUUCCUUUCAGUUGGGUACUUUUCUUUUAGUCAGUACACAUGAUACAUGCUGCAGGUGUGAAGGACAAAGGUUUUUCUUUAUGUUCAAGGGACAACUAUUCCAGGUGUAUAGGGCUUGGAUUGAUGCUUCUUUGUAGAUUAGUGACAAUUUUUUAGACAUUUUUGGCUAACAUCAGAUAUAGU